AUGUAUCCCUGUUUUGUUUGACACUAAUUGAGAAUCUAAUUCCUGGUCGAGAUUUUUUGUGGCUUCUUCGUACCCACUCUGCUUGAGAUAUAUGAUCAACUGAUAACAAUGUAACCUGCUUCUUAUUCAAAGAGUUCAAUAUGCAUAAGCAGUUACGCACAUGUGCAUCAUUUUGUGAACGAUAAUCGCUACGGUGAAUGUGUUAAUUGUGACGCAGUUUCUUUUAGUUAUGGUGGGGCUAUCUAUUGGAGAGCAAAACUUCAUAAAGGGUGGAAUUGCUCAGGAUCUGCGUACUGAUGGUCGAAGGAGACUAACAUACCGGCCCAUUUUUGUUGAAACUGGUGUCAUUCCUCAGGCAAGUGGCUCUGCGAGAGUGAAAUUGGGGGCAACAGAAGUUAUUGCCAGUGUGAAGGCUGAGCUUGGAAAGCCAAAUCCAUUUUAUCCCGACAAAGGAAAAGUUUCUAUCUAUAUUGAUUGCAGCCCAACAGCCGAACCUGCUUUUGAGGGAAGAGGGGGUGAAGAAUUAUCUGCAGAGCUCUCUUCUGCACUUCAACGAUGUUUGUUGGGUGGUAAGAGUGGGGCAGGAGCUGGUAUCGAUCUCUCAUCUCUGUCCAUCGUUGAAGGGAAAGUAUGUUGGGAUCUUUACAUAGAUGGUCUUGUUGUCAGUUCUGACGGCAAUGUCCUAGAUGCCUUGGGAGCUGCCAUCAAGGCAGCUCUAAGCAACACAGCUAUUCCAAAAGUCAAUGUUGCUUCCAACGCUGCCUCCGACGAGCAGCCAGAGGUUGAUGUGAGCGACGAGGAAUUUCUCCAGUUCGACACCUCUGGAGUCCCAGUCAUAAUUACUCUAACCAAGGUCGGGAGGCAUUACAUUGCGGACGCCACUUUGGAAGAGGAGUCCCAAAUGAGCUCGGCUGUCACCAUCUCUGUCAACCGGCAGGGGCAGAUAUGCGGGCUAACAAAACGGGGAGGCGUGGGACUCGACCCAAGCAUCAUACUGGACAUGAUAUCCGUGGCCAAACAUGUAAGUGAAGAGUUGAUCAAGAAAUUAGAUGCAGAAAUAGCUGCAGCCGAGGCUUGCAAUGAGGAAGAUGAUGAUCUUGAUAUCGAUUCUUAGCUCCGCUACGGGUAAUUGGUCCGUACAUGUUGAACUUUAUACAGCGAUUUUGAAAUUUUAGAUAUAACGAGGAAAAAAAUUAUCUGAUGUGAUGUUUUUAGAAUAUUGAAUAGUGUUAAAGUUUUUAAAUUUGUUAUGUAGACAGAACCUAAUUUUUAUUAGAAUCUUAUAUUCAA